CAGCUUUUCAGCCGCGACAUGCAUUGCGCGCGCGCGCGGUCAUAGAUCGUUGGUGACGGACGCAGCGAAGCGCUGAGGCUGCGGCGCACUGCUGCGGCUUUUUUCCGCGCGUCGCGCCGCAGGAAAAGGCCUAAAAUCAAAGCCUUGCCGCCACACACGUUGACGAGCGUCGCACCACAGAGAAAGGCCUAAAAACACAAAGAUGGGCAUCCAAGGCCUCCUCCCCAUGUUCCGGGGCUCCACACGGGACGUCCACGUCUCGGCCUACGCCCACAAGACGCUGGCCGUCGACGGCUACGCGUGGCUGCACCGCGGCGUGCACGCCUGCGCGACGGAGCUCGGCCGGGGCCUCCCGUGCACGCAGCACAUCGAGUUCUGCCUCUCGCGGGUUCAGAUGCUGCUGCACUACCGGGUGCGGCCCCUGCUCGUCUUUGACGGGGGCGCGCUGCCGGCCAAAAAAGCGACGGAGGUCCAACGACGGGCGAAGCGCGACGCGGCGCGGCGCAAGGCGCACCAAUUACUAAGAGAGGACUCGCACGAGGCCGCGCGCCAGGCCUUCUGCGCCGCGGUCGACGUGACGCCGGCGAUGGCGGCGCAGCUCUGCGACGCGGCGAAGGCGCGCUGGGGCGACCGCGUCGACUUCCUCGUGGCGCCCUACGAGGCCGACGCGCAGCUCGCGCAGCUCGCGCGGAGCGGCCAGUGCGACGGCGUGAUCAGCGAGGAUUCCGACAAUUUGCCGUACGGCGUGCCGCGGACGCUCUUCAAGCUCGACGCGACGGGCCAGGCCAAGGAGAUUGCGCUCCAGGACUUGUAUGAUGCGCCGGAGGGCGUCAACGCGAUUUCUAUAAGGGGCUGGACGCACGACAUGUUCGUGCUCAUGUGCUGCAUGUCCGGCUGCGACUACGCGGAAUCGGUGGAUGGCGUCGGCGUGAAGAAGGCCCACGCGCUCGUGGGCCGAUACCGAGAUUUUGAUAGGGUGCUGCGGGCGCUGCGGUUCGAGCACACCGUGCCGCGCGACUACGCGCAGAAGCUCGAGCGCGCGGUCCUGACCUUCGGCCACCAGACGGUCUUCGACCGGUCGUUGAACGCGGCGUGCUACCUGACGCCGCUCGCGCGCGGCGUCUCCGACAAAAUCGGGUCGCUCGCCUUCCUGGGGGCGCCGCUGCCCCAGCGCGUCGCGGCGGGCGUCGCCGCGGCGCGCCUCGACCCGGAGACGCAUCUGACAUUGGAGCGGAGCACGGGCACGUACCGGCUCGCGUCGACGGCCGAGCUGCCCCAGACGACGACCCUGGACGCCUUCGUGCGGUCGCGGCCGCGCGCGCCGCCGCCGCGGCCGCCACCACCAAAGCCGCGGCCUCCCCCAAAACCGCCGUCGCCGCCGCCGGUCCGGACGGGCGCGCGGUCGGCGCACUUCUCGGCGAGCCCGCCGCCGCGCGCGCGCGUCUUCCGGCCCUUUGUCCCGCCGGCGCGCGUCGACGGCGCGGCGCUUCCUACAAACCGGUCGCCGCCGCCCGCGCGCCCCCGGAGCCGGUCGCCGCCGCGGCCCAUGCUGCCGUCGACCAAGCUCCGCCUCGGCGCGCCGUCGCAGCGCCGCGCGCCGCCGCCGUCGCCCGACAAGGAAAACCCGCCGCGGAAGCGGCCGGCGCCCGUGGACCUGUCCGCCUUCGCCUUCGACCGCACGCGGCGGCCGCGCGCUGCAGAAGCGAGCCCGCCGCCGCGGCGGCCCUUCCAGCAGUUCGAGCGCGGGAUGCCGCCCGCGAGCCCGGUCGCGCGGCGGCGGCAGCAGCCCUUCUCGCGGUUCCGCUAUUCCCUGGGCGAGGAGGACUCGCAGUCGCCGGGGACGUGA